AUGGACUACAUUUCGAGUUUUGAUAUUCGUCUCGCUAAAGAGAUCUACUAUGCUGGUGAACGUAUUGGUGGAAGUGUACUGCUGGAAAAUACCGAGAACAUCAAGAUCAAAGGGGUUCGUGUCCUUCUUCGGGGUAAAGUUCAUGCCACGUUGAAAGUCGUGAAAUCUGGUGAACGGCGAACAAUCAAGGACGAUCAGUACGUGCUGGACGAAAAAUUGCUCGUCUGGGGAAAAGGCAGAAUAAGUGAUGAUAAGUAG